AUGUUGGCGCCGCCUGCACCACCUCUGCCACACCUGCCGUGUGGCUCCCUGGUGUUGGCGCCGCCUGCACCAACUCUGCCACACCUGCCGUGUGGCUCCCUGGUGCUGGCGCCGCCUGCACCACCUCUGCCACACCUGCCGUGUGGCUCCCUGGUGCUGGCGCCACGUUACUCUGCCACACCUGCCGUGUGGCUCCCUGGUGCUGGCGCCGCCUGCACCACCUCUGCCACACCUGCCGUGUGGCUCCCUGGUGCUGGCGCCACGUUACUCUGCCACACCUGCCGUGUGGCUCCCUGGUGCUGGCGCCGCCUGCACCAACUCUGCCACACCUGCCGUGUGGCUCCCUGGUGCUGGCGCCACGUUACUCUGCCACACCUGCCGUGUGGCUCCCUGGUGCUGGCGCCGCCUGCACCACACCUGCCGUGUGGCUCCCUGGUGUUGGCGCCGCCUGCACCAACUCUGCCACACCUGCCGUGUGGCUCCCUGGUGUUGGCGCCGCCUGCACCACCUCUGCCACACCUGCCGUGUGGCUCCCUGGUGUUGGCGCCGCCUGCACCAACUCUGCCACACCUGCCGUGUGGCUCCCUGGUGUUGGCGCCGCCUGCACCACCUCUGCCACACCUGCCGUGUGGCUCCCUGGUGUUGGCGCCGCCUGCACCAACUCUGCCACACCUGCCGUGUGGCUCCCUGGUGUUGGCGCCGCCUGCACCACCUCUGCCACACCUGCCGUGUGGCUCCCUGGUGUUGGCGCCGCCUGCACCACCUCUGCCACACCUGCCGUGUGGCUCCCUGGUGUUGGCGCCGCCUGCACCACCUCUGCCACACCUGCCGUGUGGCUCCCUGGUGCUGGCGCCGCCUGCACCAACUCUGCCACACCUGCCAUGUGGCUCCCUGGUGCUGGCGCCACGCUCACCAUCUCAACACAACCCUUAUAUCAGAAAUAGAAUAAUUAUCCCUAACAAGGUACACAAAAGGUGA